AAGGUGUUCCAAAGCAUAAUAACAUGAAUGAGUGACGUGUCUUUUCUAUUUAAAAAAAUAUAUAUAGUUUUUAAAAAUUUGAUUCAGUUGCAGUUGAUAAAUAUUUAUUUAUUAUUGCUACUAAAUAUGUAAAAUAUGAACAAAUAAUGUGAUUAUAGUUUUUUUUUAUUCAAAAAAAUAUAAAGUCAUUCAUCAAUAGGCUAUAAACGUCAAAACUGUUAAUGUCAAUGUGAACAAGAUUUGACAUUAUUUAAUUAUAGAGUACAAGAUAAGGGAAAAACAUGCCAAAUACAAAAAUGAGUGCUAAUUCAGAAGAAAAAGUGACGGAGGAGUCGAUUCUUUACGAACUUUUGGAGUAUUUCUCAAAAAAGCAAGACCCAGAAUUAGUCAAAUGCAAAAACGAUGGAGUGAUUUUGCCAACAACAGCAGGCACUAUAAAAAAUGCUUUGCGAUAUUUGAACAACAGGUAUUCCUUGCCAGAAAGUAUUUCCCAGCAAAUUAGUUUUACGUUGUCUUGGAAAUUUGCUAUUGGCGAUAAUGGAAGGAUAUUAGCAAUUUUGCAAGAAAAUAUUAUUGAAAUUAGAAAACUGAAGGAUGAGUAUUCGUCUGUUACGGGAAAAGCAUCAGUGCCAAAGGAUGCAUUUCCUCAAUGGCGGAAAUUGGCCUGGAGUUUUGAUGGAUCGAUAUUAGCACUAGCUUCUAGCAAUGGACAUUUGUCAUUUUACAAUUCGUUAGGGAACAAUAUUUUCAACAUUACCCCAAAAACUAUUUCACCAAAUCCUCAUAUUUUGGAAGCUGGAGACGCAAUAGCUUCUAUGAUAUUUAAAAAGCCUAGAAUUCAAAGUGACACGUGGGAGCAUGAAUUUAUUAGUAUAUCCUACAGUGGCCUCUUAAAGUCUUAUCACAUCUCGGCAUCGAAUAAUUUCGAAACAAAUCAUGAAUUUUCGUUCGGAAACUUUUAUAGAAAUGGUCUCAAUGCUGUUGUUUAUAGUGAAAAGCACGAUCUAUUAUUCUUAGCAGGAAAUACCAUCAAUCGAAAUUUAACUUGCACUGCUUUAGAGGCUGGAUUGUCUUCGUGGCGAUUUUUAAACGACCAUCCUUAUUACAAAUUAUCGUUUGCUUAUGAAGAACAGACGAUUAACAAACCAGCAUUUUCGAUAUGGAAUUACAUGCCUUUGUUUAAAAACCAAUCUCAUUCGAUAAUAUUCAAAUUAAGUAUUUCUCCCACUGGACAACUGUUGGCUUGUCUGCAUACUGAUGGUAGCAUCUCACUUUGGAACAUGCCAACUUUGACGCUUCAAAAAAUGUGGAAAUUGCCUGAGCAACCAGAAUACAAUACGGCAGACCCUUUGGGGCUGAUCAAGUUUAAGAAAUUUCCACCAGGUUUAUCAGAGUUUCAUCCCUUGGAUAUUGGCUGGUGGUCCGAUCAAACAAUCAUAAUCGCAAGAUACUCCGGUGCUAUUUCCGUUUGCUCCAUUAAGGAUCUAAAAAAUCUCCUGGGAAUAAGUCCAGAAUUUUUAUCUGGACAACCACAAAUUUCGGAACUAAAUUCUGGUCGUGGGUUUUUGUGUUUAGAUUGUGAAAUAUAUAUUACUAGUACAAAGAGAAGUCGAGAAUCUACGGGUGAAGGACAAGCAUUAGAUGCAUCAUCUGAUAGUGAAAGAGACGACAAUGAGUCGGAGCAUAAUACAGUUUUGAAUUAUGCGGCUCGCUUAGUUCAGAAUACACUCUAUUCGAUAACCGACAUUGAGAAAUUUCAGCCCAAGAGAAAAAAGUCGAAAAUAUUUCAUAAAACUUACAGAAUCUUAGGCCUCAAAAGCACAACUCCGGAGGAAUUGUAUUCGAGAAAAAUUGAAAUUGAGGAUUAUGAAGAAGCAUUGUCUUUGGCAAACACGUAUAACUUGGAUACAGACCUAGUUUAUCAAACUCAAUGGAGAAAGUCUGAAUUUUCUUUGAAAGCGAUUCAAGAUCAUUUAGCGAAAGUAAGCAAAAGAUCCUGGGUUUUAAACGAAUGCAUAUCUAGAGUUCCGGACAAUUUCGAAGCUGCGAGAGAAUUGCUUAAUUUUGGAUUGCGAGGUGCUAAUUCAGAAACUUUAUUAGCAAUCGCAGAGAAUGAUGAUGGCAAAUUUAAAUCUGAUGAAUGCGACGAUGACGAUAUAAAUAUGGUUGAAAAUCUUACGUUAGAACAAGUGCAAAAGAUAAACAAACAACUGGAAAAGUUGGACGUGGAAAAUCUCUCCAAAUCCCAAAAAGAACUCAUCAGAUACAGAAAAAAGCUUUUGGAUCUCUUGGAUAAGUUAAAGGCCUACGAAAUUAUUUUGGAUUCAAAGUCAAAGUACGACAAAACAUUCUAUGAAGAAUUUCGGCAGCUUUCCCCACUCGAAAAUGCGAUUGGAUUUGCGAAGGAGAGCAAUUGCAGAGGAGUGGAAAUUAUGUUCACCUACUAUGGGUCUAAAUUAAUGCCCCAUUGGCUCGCAGUUCUUAGUUUCUUUCCUGAAACAUUCAGUCCCUUCACUUACCAAAAUCUGUUACCUGAGUGCGAUCAAGAAGAAAGAUUAUGUUUACUUUUUCAAAGAGAAUUGCGCAGCAUGGACUGGGUUGAGAGAAGUGAGUUCAGUCAGGUUUUGCAUUCCGAAAAUGAUGACGAAGCCUCAUUUAUUUAUGAAUCCUAUCCAUCUUUACUUGCAUAUAGAAACUGUGCACUGACUUCAGAAUUGCUACAAAAAUGGUACAAGUGGCGAGCUUGCGAAAUCGAAAGAGGCUGUGGAAUAGUAGAUUAUGCUCUAGGAUUAAUAAAUAUCGGAAAGUCCCGAAAUAUUCCGGGCUUAGAAAGUUUGCUGUUUGAGCUAGAAAAUCUCGAUGAUCUUGUCUACAAAGUAGGAUUAGAGUUUUUAUCUCUUUCUGAAGUGGAAAAGCUAACAGACCUAGAGAAAAUUAAAUUGCUAAUGAGUAAAUCGCAUGAGUCGACUUUCGUUUUCGACCUGAAAAACAAUGUUCUUCCAUUUGUUAAGAGACGAGAAAAGUAUUUGGGUAGGGGCUCAGAAACGAAUCUUUUACGCAAAUAUCUCGUACACUUGAGUAAAAGUGAUUUGGGCUGGCUGGUUAAUUUUUUCCAAUAUUUGAGAACCACACAGGAUCCCGAAAUUUUCGAAAUAGUACAAGAUGUAACAACUUUGGCAUUGGAAUGUGUAUAUGCUUGCACCAAUCGCGAUAUGUACCAAGACGUCAAAAAUAUUUACGAAGCUGUUUCCAAACAGGAAACAGAAGUAGCUACGAACUACGAACUGCUGGAGGAACUUGAAAGAGAACUUAGAUGUGUUAAAAUUCUUGGAGAAUACGGUGUGAACGUUCCCCUUUGUUUUGUGAAUGAAAAUAAGAACAAUCUUGAUGUUAUUAAAUCUCUUUUGAUCGAAAUGUCAGAAAGUUUAAAAAAUCGCAUUCCACCAGCAGCUGAAAAAGCUUGGGCGCUUUUGUUAAAUGACAUGUUAGAAAUUCAAGGGUUCAUUUUCACGAGUUUGGACGUUGAAAUCUGUUUUGAAAUCUGUUUAUCCGCACGAUUACGGUCAAGAGUGAAAGCAACUAUUCAAAAUUGCGGAUCUUUGAUGGAAGUGAAGAAAAAUGAGCGAUCCCUUCUCAAAGUAUCUUAUGAAAAAGCAGUGGAAUUGAUUUUGAAAGCAAGCACAGAAUACUUCAACAGUGCGAAAAGUCUUGCAGAUUCGAAUAUGGAAUUAGCCAGAGCCUGUUUACUCCUCAUCUUAGAUGACAAUCCACUUAUCAAAGAAGAAUACGAUCUUAUAGACUCGCUACAAAUUCUUGACGAAUUCAAUAUAAAUAUUCUUCCCCUCCAAGUAAGAUUGAUAAAAGAUAAAAUAAAGUUAAUUCAAGACUGUCUAGAAAGUCGAGAAAAUGUUUAUAAAAGUCAACAGAAGUUGCUGAAUUUGGCAAAAUAUUUACAUAUCGAUCGAAACAAUGUUCGACUUAGGGAAGGAAGAAUUUUGGAAUUAAUUGGACAAAAAGCUUUACAGGUAAAAAAUUACAGUGGGUGUGCUUCUACAGUUCUCAAAAUGAUAGACAAUAAUUAUCAACCUGCUUGGAAAGUUGCAAUGAGUUUAGGAAAUUGCGAAGACUUCCAAGAUUUAAAAUUUAGGAGACGUUGUUUAUUUUACGUCCUGAUUAAUGGACCAAGUGAAUUCUUGGAAGACAUCAUGAAACAUAUAAACUUACUAGAAAUACAAAUUUUGAAUAAAAGCAUACAAGAUUGGAUGCCUCCCGAGAACGAAGUCUUGGAAAGUGAAGCCGCGAGUGAUGAUGAAUUUACAGAUGCUGUGACAACUCCACAGAUGGAGAAUAAAGAGUUCGUUCCCAAUAUUAUCGGAACUUCCACCAAACUUGUAAAAAGUUCCGCGAAUUUAGUGAAGCAAUCUACUUAUGGUAUACUAAGAAAUGCAGGAAACACAGAUUUUUGGAAAACAGCAUUGAAUUUUACGUUGACUCGAGAAACUGAAACAUACAUUCCGAUAGAUGAAGUACAAGAGAUAGUUGACGAAAAUGUACAGAGCUUCCAUUGCUUCUAUCAGUCACUACACAAAGUCGCAAAAGUAAGCAAAUUUGAUACAAAGUACACCCAAUAUUCUGACGAAAAUGAGUACAAUACUCGACUGAAAUUGUGUCAAACUUUAUUGAGAGUAUCGAUGUUGAGUGAAACAGCUUGUUAUGGUUUUGAAGUCAGUGAUGUCAAUCAUUUGUUUCUUGAAUCUGCAAAAAAUGUAAUAAGCGAAGAUUGUCUUCUGGGUUUGGGAUAUUUAUUGAAUUUACGAGGAAAUUGUAUAAAAGAAACUCAAACAAUCUUUAACGACUUGCCUCCUACAAAUUUGAAUCUUCAGCUUGCACUAUAUUGCUUUUCUCUGCAACUAUUUAAGAAAGUAAAUCCUUCAGACAUAAAUAUGUUUUCAUACGAUCCAAUAGAAUUAAUUUAUGGAAUGUCGAAAGUAACAGAAUCCGAUGAAACCCGAGAACUGAUUUCGGUACUACGGCAGCAGAUUCGCUUACUCUCUCCCAAUUCUAAAAUUUCAAAUGAAGCUGACAUUGAAAGUGAAACUGAAAUUGCAAAUGAAAGUAAAAUUGCACGUGAACCUGAACCAGUACACUCAAACCAAAAACACUCAGAAAGCACUUCUGAUCAAACUGAAGAAAAAGCUUCUGUGGGUGAAUGCAAAGUUAUUAGUCAAAAUCUAACGUAUAAUGUUGAUGAUGGAGAUGGAUGGGAUGAAUGGGAAAACGAAGAUUGGGGCGAUUUUUCUGAUCAAGACGUCAAUGAAACCAAAGAUAACACUAUGGAUGAAAUCCCUAGUAUUCGAAGUGACACAAUCAUGAAUUUGUGUGAAAAUGCAACAGAAGAAGAACGUUUUCAAAGUUUUGAGAAAAUUGUUGGAGAAAUAAUAAAUAAAGAUCAGUACCUUGAAGUCAAGGAAACCUUGAAGCAGUGGCCUCAUUUUAUCGAUUCAGAAAACAUUUUGGCAAAUGAGAAUCCUGUGCUGGGAUUAUUAAAAAAAGCGGUGCAAAUAUCAGAUAAAACUAGUGCAAACUGUGACACACAAAUAUUAGAAGAAAUCAAAGAUCUUCUGACUGAUCAAGAAAUUCCAAAAGAGGUUCUUGUGAAUUUUUUGGACAAUGAAAAUAAUCUUUUAACUAUUGAGCAGAAAAUUUACAUAAAGUUAUGUUGUGGCGAAAUUUCUCUUAAUACUGAGGCCGUUGAUAUGAUUAGGCAUUCGUAUAAGACCUUGAACCUAACGACACCAAUUUUGGAAGAAGUGUUCUUCAAAAACCUGACUGUGUUAUUUGGUCCCAAGCACGAUAUUUAUUACCGAAUUCUUGAAGAAGUAUUUAUGAAUCGCACACUUUCAGAGAUAGAAGAUAAUAUUAAACUCCUGAUUGAGAAGUUGGUGGAACAAAGGAACAUUCCACAUGCAAUAGCUUUGUAUAAUCAGUUAGAGGGUAUUCCGCUCUCCCUAAGUACAUUCGAGAGUUGUUUUCAGUUGCUAAUUAGGAAGUGAAUUCAUUGUAGAAUAAUAUGUUGAAUCUUAAAUGUUUCUGUGAAUAUUGGCAGUUUGUAUAUGCGCGAGUUGUGUACUAUUUGUAAAAAAUAUACUUUGUUAUUAUUU